UUCGCUACACACACACAGUGUACUGUACUCUAAUUAGGUUAGAAAUUGAUCAGUCUGAUGAUGUCUCGCGAAGGACUGUUUCAGCGAUAUAGUGAACGACGAGACAUUGUGGGGGAAUCGUUUGAUUUGCAAGAGGAACUUGAACCUGCUUAUCAGCAAGCUUCUAUUGACGAACCAAUAACUGAAGAUAACGUUGGUUACCAGCUGAUGAAGAAGAUGGGCUGGAAAAGUGGAUGCGGACUUGGCCUACAACAACAAGGUCGUGUUGAACCAGUUCCAAUUGUGAACAAGCAAGACAGCGGUGGUAUUGGACGUCUGGAGAUGGAGCUAGAGCAAGUUAGAGAGGUUAGUCAACAUAGACGAGUGUUGGAGGUAGAAAAAGAAGACUCAGAAGAAAGAAGGCAAAAGUUUAAGACCCAUAUAGACCAAGAGAAAUUCAUUGCGGAAUCAACUGCUUCUCUCAGACAGUCAUAUUUCUGCAUGGAUUGUAACAAGCAGUACUCUAACUACACUGAGUAUGACAACCAUGUGAAUUCUUAUGACCAUGCUCAUAGACAGCGCUUCAAGAAUUUAAGAGCUCAAGACUUCAGUCGACGAAUGGGGUUAAAAAGGCGUAAGCGAGACAAGGCAACAGAGGAGGAAGCAAAGCGAAUGAAUUUAAUUGUUGCAAAAGAAAGAGCAGAAGCUGCACAGAAAAAAAAGGCUGGUAGUGGCAGUGGAUUUCGACCUGUCAUCAGUAGCAACGAGACUGUGAAUACCUCGACAAGACCAGUGUUCAAGCCGAUUAUUGGAUGGGAAGGGGUAGAGGGAGAGGCUGAAGAUCCAGUUGCACGUUUGAAUGAUGCAACUCCUUGUGUGAAGAGUUCUCAUCUCGUUGAGAAAGAGGAUAGCAGAUGUACAAGUAAUCCAGUUGCAUUAAGGCCACGUGCACCACCUGCACCACUUCCACCCCCAGGUAGAACAUCUUUUUUCCCUUUACCUCCGUAAUUUGUUUCUUAGCAGCAUCAUAAUAAAAGAUAUUAUUGCAUUCUCA